AUGCCGCGUCGGAGCUUGCUGACCUCACCCCACCCCCCAUCACAAUCAUUGCCACCGCAUCUCCGGGACGAAGACGACAACAACAAUAAUACAAGUACCGCCUCUCCACCAAAGCCUGGCGGAGAGCCACCACCUGCGGGCUCCGACCGCGAUCCGUGCUCUCAGCAACGCUACGAGAGCGGCAGCGAGGCCGAUGACGAGCGCUCAUCCUCCGCCCUCUCCACUCCCUCCGAAGACUUCUACAUCAUGGGUCCCGUAGAUGUCGACGAUCGAGGCCGUCCGCUGCCGUCCUAUCCAGGCGAAGACACGAGACCAACAUCAAACCGCGAGCUUCUCGGCUUCUACACGUACUCCUUUGCUGCCGAGGUCUUUGUUGUUUGCGGACUGGGAGCCUUCAUACCCAUCACGCUUGAGGACUUAGCGAGAGCCAGCUCUACUGCUGUCCUAGCGCACGAUCACAGCAAGCCGUGCAAACCCCACGGUGUUGAUCAAUCUCCAUCUCCUCCUACAUUGUUAGCCCUGUUCGACCGCAGCAGACAUGGCGAGUCUCCCCAAGUCGGCCAAUGCGUCUUCCGCAUUCUUGGAAUCGAGGUCAACACUGCCAGCUUCGCGAUGUACACCUUCUCAAUCAGCGUUCUGUUGCAAGCGCUCCUCGUCGUCACCAUGUCAAGUGCUGCGGAUCACGGCAAGUACCGAAAGUCUUUACUGAUUAGUUUGGCGGCCAUUGGAUCGAUUGCGACCAUGCUCUUUCUUCCCGUCACGCCUGCGGUUUACUUGCUCGGAAGCUUAUGGGCUAUCGUUGGAAAUGUUUGCGUUGGAGCGAGUUUUGUUUUGCUGAACUCCUUCUUGCCAUUGCUUGUGAGGUGGCAUCCUACAGUCAUCCCUGAACUGGAAAGCAGUCAGAUGGCAAACGAUGAGCGAGAGGUAUAUGAAGAGGUCAGUACUCUAAGUCUUACUCUGGAAGUACCUCAUGUCUUCUCCCGCACUCAUCCGAGAAAUUUGGCAUCUUCUGUGUCAUUGUUGAUGGCUCCCAUCAGCUGAUGUCGCUAAUGCCUGUCUAGUACGCUGGAGAAGAUGAGCCACAGACUCUCGAACCUCGCCAAGUGCCUGAUUGCACUACUCCGCUAUUGCCGACGGAUGGUGAUACGAUUCCAUAUCCGCCUCCGCGAGCGACGCCUUCCCGUGAGAUGCAAUUGUCAACCACGAUUUCUUCUCAUGGCGUUGGAAUCGGCUACAUUGCUGCGGCGGUCGUGCAGGUCUUGUCGAUAUUUAUUCUUCAGUCUACUGGUGCCGACUUGUUCUCUCUGCGGCUCGUACUUUUCGUUAUCGGAGCAUGGUGGUUAUGCUUUACCAUUUUCGCGGCCUCUCUGCUCAGCUCCAGACCAGGCCCUCCGUUAUCGUCUACCAAAACUCGCACUUGGUUCGGUUACAUCACGUAUUCCUGGAGAAACCUGGGAAAGACCAUUAUCCGCGCUCGCCGACUGCAAGAUGUGUUGCUGUUUCUUGCUGCGUGGUUCAUGAUCAGCGACGCCAUCGCGACGGUUUCAGGAACAGCUAUACUAUUCGCGAAAACCACUCUUGGCAUGAACUCCGCCCUGCUGGCAUUGAUCAAUCUCAUCGUUACUAUCUCAGGAAUCGCCGGGGCUUUCACCUGGUCCAAGAUAUCUCGCGCGCUGCAGCUCAAGCCGUCUCAUACCAUUUUGACUUGCAUUUGCAUUUUCGAACUCAUCCCCAUUUACGGCCUGCUGGGCUAUAUUCCCGCCAUUCGUCGCCUCGGCUCGUUUGGCUUACAGCAACAAUGGGAGAUGUAUCCACUUGGCGCCGUCUACGGCCUUGUACUUGGUGGCCUCAGCUCUUACUGCAGGAGUCUAUACGGCGAACUGAUACCUCCCGGUUCCGAGGCUGCUUUCUACGCUCUAUAUGCCGUUACAGACAAAGGCAGCAGUAUUUUUGGUCCUGCUAUUGUUGGAGCCAUCGCUGAUGCGACUGGAGACAUUCGACCUGCUUUCUGGUUCCUCGCUGUCCUGAUUGGCCUUCCCAUUCCGCUCAUGCUCGCUGUUAACGUGGAUCGAGGCAAGAUAGAAGGCGCGAAGCUGGCAAGGGAGACGGCACCGGAAGACCUGGAUGUGGAUCCUGGAGAGCUUGUAUUGGAUCGCAGUGAAAAUUCUCUGCAGCGUAGUGUCGAAGUCGUUCCUAGAUAG